AGCACUUUUAUGCACAGCCAUCCGGUCAACAGCACUCGACGGCAGUUCCAUCGCGCAUGCAAACAAGCCAUCCGCCUCCACCGAUACCUCAACAGGCACCUCUGCCCCAGCAACAGCAGCAGCCUCCACAGCAACCACUGCCCCAACAGCUACAGCAAGAUCACGCGACCAACAGACCGAAGCGCUACUCGAGCCUACGCCAGAGAGCGCCAAUCGUCGAGGGACCGCCCAACCCUCCUCCUCCCCAGCAGAAUUAUCAGCCACCGCAUACUGCUCCUCCGCCUCAGCACACUUAUUAUCCGCCUCCUCAAGGACGAAAGGAGCAAGAAUUAAAAGAGCAGAAAUUAAAGGAACAGCAACUGAUUGAAGAGCAGCGAAAGGAGCAAGAAUUAAAAGAGCAGAAAUUAAAGGAACAGCAACUGAUUGAAGAACAGCAACUGAUUGAAGAGCAGCGAAAGGAGCAAGAAUUAAAAGAGCAGAAAUUAAAGGAACAGCAGCUCAUAGAACAACAGGAACAAGAACUGAAAGAGCAAAAAUUAAAGGAACAGCAGCUCAUAGAACAACAGGAACAAGAACUGAAAGAGCAAAAAUUAAAGGAACAACAGCUCAUAGAACUACAGGAACAAGAACUGAAAGAGCAGAAAUUAAAGGAACAGCAGCUCAUAGAACAACAGCAAAAGGAGCAAGAGUUGAAAGAACAACAGUUGGAGGAACAGCAAUUAAUAGAACAACGGCGAAGAGAACAAGAGUCAGAAAAACAACAACAAAAUGAGCAGGAACUCAAUGAACAACAAAAACAGGAUCAAACGUCAAAGGAACAGAAACUCGAAGUGCAGCAAGAGGGACAGCCACGGCAAGAAGAACAACAAGUUCCUGAAGGUAAUGAAGUGAUGCCUCAGCCAAUCAAAGAGGUAACGAUUGUUGAAACUGUCAGCAAAAUAGAAACAGUGAUCAGCAAUGACUCAUGCACGAAGCCCGAGGUAGAACAGAAGCUGGAGAGCCUCAGCGUGGAAAGAGAAUCGAUUGCGAACGUUGAAGAAAAAACAGUUACACCCGCGCUAGUAGAAACGGAUGUGGAGAUGAAAGAAAUGUCCGCGAAGGCUGAGGUCGUUGUUCCCGAAAUCGCUCCAAGCAUCGAGGAAAAAAUUACGGCACCGGUAAUCGAAUCGAAUAUCGAGGCUAAAACUGAGAUCUCGGUGUCAAAGUGCAUCGUUGAGGGUAGCAUCGCGGUUAUCGAGGACAAGUUGUGUGAAAUGUCGGUGAGUGCUACAGAAUUAGUGAGCGAAAAAAAUGACGUUGACUGUAAUAUUAAGGAAAGUGCUGUGAUCGAGGAAGCGGCUGCCUAAUUUCGAGAAACGAAUAAACGGAUAGGUUAGAAAAGGGUAGUUUUUCUUGCGAGGGCGAAAACUUACCCAUGUUUAUCGUAACAUUUAAUUGUUACCAAUGGAUUUAUACGUAUAUUGUACGUCAAGGCAACUGACAACUAAUGAGCAUCUUAUGCAAUAACAAUUUAUAGAAAAAAACGGAGAAAAUUUAUCACGUUUACAAUUUUUAAGAGCAAAAAUAAAGAUAAAUUUUUUUUUAUAAUCAUACUAAUGUAAGGACAAUACUUUUUUCAUGCUAAAAUAUUGUCACUUUAAACAGAAGGAAUAUAUUGUGUUUUUCCAUUGAAUGAGCUUGAGGUGUUACCGCGAUUAGAAGUGUAAAUAAAGUCGUAAACAGGCAAGAUCGUGAUGACUAUAAAAAUUUUUUUUCUUAUAUAUUUUUUUUAUUUGUACAAAAA